GGAAUUUUGGAGGCAGUCUCAUUUCCUGUGAAGCUCUGAAGCUUUACUUAUCUCUUCUUUCUUCUUUCUCUAGCUUACCACCAUGAAGUUCCUAGGGUUCCUCGUACUGAUGGCAGUGUCUGCAUUCUUGGUCUCUGGCCAGGAUGCAGCACAAGACCCAUCUGCUCCUGCCCCUGAUGCCGGUGCAACUAACACGGCCCCGGAGGACACUGCGGCCUCUGAUGGCACUACAGGCAGUGACACUACAGGUGAUGAUGCCGCACCAGCCCCCGCCGCCGCUGAUGCCACCACAGCCGCCCCCGCCGCCGCUGAUGCCACCACAGCCGCCCCCGCCGCCGCUGAUGCCACACCCGCCCCCGCCGCCGCUGAUGCCACACCCGCCCCCGCCGCCGCUGAUGCCACCACAGCCGCCCCCGCCGCCGCUGAUGCCACACCCGCCCCCGCCGCCGCUGAUGCCACACCCGCCCCCGCCGCCGCUGAUGCCACCACAGCCGCCCCCGCCGCCGCUGAUACCACAGCCGCCCCCGCCGCCGCUGAUGCCACCACAGCCGCCCCCGCCGCCGCUGAUGCCACCACAGCCGCCCCCGCCGCCGCUGCUACUACUUCUGCGACUUCUACCACCACAACUACUUCAGCCAGUACUACUAAAAAGAAGACUUUGUUUCCUAUCAUUUCAGGUAUAGCAGACACAAUUUUAAAGAAAAUACCACGUUUUUUCUGAAGUGGGAGCUUCUUCAAGUGAUCUACUAGCCUGAAAAAUGUCUUUAUAUAUCUUAGCUAAUAUAACUGGUACCAAUUCUUUGAUCUGUAAUCAAUUAUCUAUUUUCAAAUAAAAAUGAUUGUGAGCAAUACAAAAGUACUAUUUAUUUUUAGGGUUGAGGUUGGUAAGUUAAUGCUUUAAUAAACCUAUACAAUUUGCA